UGAGCUUCCGGUCCCGGCUGCCUCAGAGGGCUUUCGGACGGGCGGGUCGAUGCGCUGCGACCCGGGACUGGGUGCCGGUAGGCGGCAGGGGGCUUCAUGGCAGACUGUAGAGAUGCAACAAGGACUGCUGGAAGUGAAGAUAAAGGAGGAGAAGGACCAUGCCUGUGGACAAGGAUCUUGCUGGUCAAGAAAUAACCUUCAUACCAGAGAGAUCUUUCGUAGACGCUUCAGGCAGUUCUGCUAUCAGGAGACCCCUGGGCCCCGGGAGGCUCUUCAAAGACUCCAAGAGCUCUGCCAUCAGUGGCUGCAGCCUGAGAUGCACAGCAAGGAGCAGAUCCUGGAGCUGCUGGUGCUGGAGCAGUUCCUCACCAUCCUGCCUGGGGACCUGCAGGCCUGGGUGAGAAAGCACCACCCUGCAAGUGGCGAUGAAGCAGUGACUGUACUGGAGGAUUUGGAGAGAGAGCUGGAUGAACCAGGAGAACAGGUCCCAAGCCAUGCUCAUGCACAGGAAGAGUUUAUAAAGGAGAAGGCAACUCAAGGAGCAGCCCAGAAGUCAUCAAGUGGCCAGCUCCAAAUCUUGGAAGAGCAGUUACAGUGUAACUUGCAGUAUGUGUGCCCAGUUCAGGAGAUUGGUGGUGAGGCUGGGACUUGGAAUGCAGAGUUCUCCACAAAGAGGGAGAUUGCUAAAGAAAUGAAGUCUCUUGAAGAAGUACCUAGAAAACUGAAUGGUGAUGUUACUCAGGUGCCCAAUUGUGGAGAUACCUGUGACAAUGAAGGCAAGUUGGAAAGGCAACGGGUCAAUGCUUCAGCAGAGAGACCCUAUGUCUGUGAUGAAUGUGGAAAAAGCUUCACCCAGAAUUCCAUCCUUAUUGAGCACCAGAGAACACACACAGGUGAGAAACCUUACGAAUGUGAUGAGUGUGGUCGGGCCUUCAGCCAGCGGUCAGGCCUGUUCCAGCACCAGAGACUCCACACUGGGGAGAAGCGCUACCAGUGCAGAGUUUGUGGCAAAGCCUUCAGCCAGAACGCUGGGCUUUUCCAUCACCUCAGAAUUCACAGUGGGGAAAAACCCUUCCAGUGUGAUCAAUGCAGGAAGAGUUUUAGUCGACGUUCUGUCCUCAUUAAGCAUCAGAGAAUUCACACUGGAGAGAGACCUUAUGAAUGUGAAGAUUGUGGCAAGAAUUUUAUCUACCACUGCAACCUCAUCCAGCAUCGGAAAGUCCACCUUGUGACUGAAUCAAGCUAGCUCCUUCAAAUGGGUAGGACAAAAUUUCUUGAAGUCAGACCUCUAGACAAAGAUAGCAAAGGUACUAUUUCUUACUUAGUCUC